AUGGCAAUCCAAGCCACCAGAUUGCUUCGUGCUGCAGCUUGCCACGUAUCGCCUGUCUUUUUAUCCGCCCAAAAGACUACAGACAAAUGCAUCUCCCUGAUCAAACAGGCAGCUUCCAAUCAGGCCAAUCUGGUCGUCUUUCCGGAAACCUACAUUCCGGCAUUCCCAGUAUGGAGUGCCAUAAGAGCCCCGAUCGAGAACCAUGAUCUUUUCAAACGUAUGGUCAAGGAGUCGAUCUAUGUAGAUGGCGAAGAAAUAGAUGCGAUCCGUGCAGCUGCAAAACAGUCCGGUGUCUUUGUCAGUCUUGGAAUUUCCGAAAAAGCAAGAUUCAGUUCCGGCACCCUCUGGAACUCCAAUCUGAUCCUCGGACCGGAUGGCGAAGUCCUUAACCAUCAUCGAAAGCUGGUAGCAACUUUCUUCGAGAAGCUGACAUGGAGCCACGGAGACGGCCAUGGCUUGAAGGUCGUGGAUACUCCUUUCGGCAAACUGGGAAGUCUCAUUUGUGGCGAGAACACCAAUCCGCUUGCUCGUUACUCUCUCAUGGCGCAAGGCGAACAGAUCCAUAUCUCAAGCUGGCCCGCCAUCUGGCCAACACGAAAGCUCUCAUCCGAAUCUUCGACGAACUCAAAGAAUUACGACAAUGUGGCCGCCAACAGGACCAGAGCAGCCGCACAUUGCUUCGAGGCUAAAGCAUUUGGCAUCGUCAACUCCGGGUUCCUUGGUGACGAAGCUUUCCAGAUCAUCCAAGAAGGGGCAAGCGACUCUGAAGGCGUCUUGAAGACUUUGCGAGCAUCACCAAGAGCAGCAACAAUGUUUCUGGACCCGACUGGCACGACUAUUCCAGGAUACACCAUAGACAGCGUUACGGGUCAAAAGACUACCAAAGAGUAUCUCCAAGACGAGGAAGGGAUCCUAUACGCCGAGAUGAAUGUUGAGGACUGCGUAGAGGGCAAACAGUAUCACGAUAUCGUUGGAGGCUACCAACGGCUUGAUAUCUUUGAUGUCAAGAUCGACCGGAGCAGGAGGCAUCCUGCGCAAUUCGUAAGAUCGCCUGCGGUGAGAGAGCAAGACGAUCACCGUGAGCACAAUCCUGAGAAGCAGCAGCUCAAGAGUGCUCUAUCAGAUGAUUCAAGUUGA